CCAAAUAACAUUACAGUACAAUCUUUUAAUUUUCAAAAAGAAAAAAAAGUCAAGACUAAAAAUGGGCUAAUUACCAUCUUACCCUUCUUCCUCCUCUCUCUCUCUCUCUCUUGCUUCCAUUUUUCUCCUUCCUUCCUUCCCGCACGCACGCACGCACCUACCCUCCUCCGCCAUCGAUCGUGCUCCGAUCUGCGCCGCCGAGCCGGACCUCCGCGCGGCGACGGCGGCGGCUUUCCGGCCGGCGAGAGGGCCCUCGUGGGCGGCACGUCGUGGACCACGGCCCCCGCCCAGCGUUAGCCCCUUCCCCCCUGCGCUCGCUGGGUCCUUUGCUCGAUCGCUUCUCGAUUCCCCGGGUCGCCUGCGUCGAUCUCCAUCCCGCGGGGACGAGCAGCUGCGCCGGCAUCCGCUGCUUCCGACGCAUCCUCGCUUCGCUGGAAAAUUUGGUGGGCCCUGAAGAAAGUAGUGAAUUCUGAUUGGAUUGGUUGAUUUCUGGUUCAUCCAUCCUAAAUGUGGUUUGCAUUUUCAGGGAGAUAUGUGUUUGUCAUGCUCAAAAUGAGGUGGUAAGGGGAUAAUCUACAUGCAAUGCUGGGUGGUAAAAAGGUUCACUCUAGGAGAGAUUGGUUUAAACCAUUGCUUCAAUGAACAUCAUACUAGAACUCAACCAUCUCAAGCAGGUCAGCUUGCCGACGCGGCCUGUCGUUUGCAAAGGCCUUUUUAUAGUGAUUGCGCUUAUUGUGCUGAGGGCAAUCGUAUCCCCGUUUCUCGCCGUUAACCCGUCCGAGAAGGAGGGUUUUUACGAUCCGACAGCCGAUUUGCUGCCUGGGAUUAGGCGAGGCAAGUUCAUUGAGGUUCCACAGAUUAUAUGGGGAUUGAACAAUCAGAAGAUUGCGUUUGCCAGGGCGUGCUUGACUGCGAGAUUCCUGAACCGGUCUCUGCUCAUGCCUAGUUUGAGUGCUUCGCUUUUCUACAAAGAGGUUGACUUGCUGCGACCAAUCACUUUCGACAAGGUGUUUGACUUUACCAAGUUCAACGCCCGUUGCCAGGGGUUCGUAAGGUUAGCUCGCUAUUCAGAAGUUUCUAAUCAAACCAAGCCUUUCAAACUCCAAAAGGGAAGUGGUAGGAGGUGGACCGUGGAGAAAGACUUGGAUCAGCUACUACAGUACAGAAGGGGUGAGGCAGAUGACUCUGAAGUCAUUGAAAUCAUCGGGAAACAUCCAUUUUUGUGGCCUGAUCACUGGCCAGUGAAAGACUAUGCCAGAAUUUUCGAUUGCCUUGCGUUAGUUCCGGAGAUAGAAACUGAAGUGGUUAAGGCCAUAUCCAAGAUUAGAGAGGCAGGCAUAAAAGCAAGACAUGAGGCUGGUAUUUCUCAUAAUAAGCACGUGAAAGAUGGUACAAUGAAUCCACCAGUGCCAUACAUUGCCGUCCACAUGAGAAUAGAAAAGGAUUGGAUGAUCCAUUGCAAGAAAUGGGAGCAGCGUUCCAAUUCAAAGGAAAUUUGCAGCAGUAAAGAAGAGAUCAUUCAUAAGGUCUCACAGAUCACUGAUCUACGUAGGCCAGUUGUGGUUUAUCUUGCAGUAGCUGACAGCCUUCUAGAAGAUGAUUCAAUAACUAGCGGUUGGAGGGUGGGUAUGGUUGCUUUUGAGAAGAAGAGACUUGGAGUUACUGACAUCUACAAUAGGCAACCUUAUCUUAUAAAGUCCGCUAUUGACUUUGAGGUAUGUGCGAGAGCGGAUGUGUUUGUAGGCAAUAGCUUCUCAACAUUUUCCAACCUUGUGGUGCUGUCAAGAACACAAAGGCUAUAUAACAUGGGAGAGGCAAGCUCAUGUGGAGAGAAUGUCGGGCUUUCAUCCUAUGCCUACAAUGUUAUUGGAGACGAUGGCGGGCCACAGAGAUGGAUGACAGAUAUGUCAGACACAAGCCUCCAAAACUUGAGUUACGGAACGAACAAUAUCUCAUGCCACUGACUUAUGACAUAAAACACUUGACUGAACACGAUCACACACACAAGGAUAAUUCUUGGGAGAAUUUUAGCUACAAACAGAGGAACAUGUUAGAAGGUUGAUAUUGGCUGCCACACUUGAGAGAGACUUUGGCCAAGAAUUGUCUGCAGACCUUUGUGAGUGUAUACAAAAACUGUUCUCUGAAGAACAUUGACUUGUAUUGAACAGUCUUUAGUUUGUAAAGUUAAAUGUUGUGUGUUACUUUGUCUUCCUCCGUAACUUUUAAUGUUAUGGUUUCAAAAGAGCAGCUUCAUACUGGAA